AUGAGGGAAACAAAUAAAGACGUUGUUGACACAAGUUGCAGCGCCGUCCUCCAUCGAGACUUGAAGCUCGCUCCAUCCCGCGUGGUGUCAUCUUCCGGGCUUUACAUACAGUUCGACAAUGGCAGAAGAAUACUCGAUGCCACUGGAGGAGCAGCAGUGUCCUGCAUCGGCCAUGGAGAUGAGCGAGUGAUUGAGGCCAUUACAAGACAAGCCAAGGAGCUGGAUUACUGCCACACCAUGUUUUACUCGUGCCCCAGUGCGGAAGACUUGUGCCAGCAGCUGAUUUCCAGCACGGGUGGCCAGAUGGCAAGGGCAUUCAUUGUCUGUUCUGGUUCGGAAGCAAUGGAGGCAGCAAUGAAGCUCUCUCGCCAGUAUUUCCUGGAACUGCCCACUCCAGAGCCCAGCCGGACGCACUUUAUAGCUCGCAGGGAGUCUUAUCACGGAACAACUUUGGGUGCUCUGUCCGUGGGCGGCCACGUCGGUCGAAGGAAAGGUUAUGAACCGAUUUUGAUGCAAAACGUCUCUCAUGUCUCGCCAUGCAACGCCUAUAGAUACAAGCUGGACGACGAAAGCAUUGCGGAAUACGUGGAAAGACUCGCAAAAGAGCUGGACGCCGAGUUUCAGCGCGUGGGAGCUCACAAUGUCUGUGCUUUCAUCGCGGAGACGGUUGUUGGCGCGGCUCUUGGGUGUGUUCCCGCGGUUGAGGGAUACUUCAAGGCCAUGAAAGCCGUGUGCGAUAAGUAUGGAGCGCUCUUUGUGCUUGACGAGGUAAUGUGCGGAAUGGGCCGAACAGGCACGAUGCACGCCUGGGAGCAAGAGGGAGUUGUUCCCGACAUUCAGACCUUGGGCAAGGGCCUCGGAGGCGGAUAUGCGCCCAUUGCCGGUGUUCUUGUUGGCUACCGCGUCAUAAGAGCCUUGGAGGAGGGAUCAGGACGAUUUUCCCACGGGCAAACGUAUCAGGCACAUCCCAUCUCAUGUGCCGCAGCGGCAGCGGUCCAUCGAAUUAUACGAGAAGAAGGGCUCGUUGAUAACGUGCUUCACAUGGGCAGGUACCUUGAAAGCUUGCUCAAGCAGAAGCUUGGCCAUCAUCGUUACGUUGGUGACAUUCGAGGCCGCGGGCUCUUCUGGGGUAUCGAGUUUGUGAAAGACAAAGCCUCCAAGGCACCGUUUGAUCGUGAGCUCGACAUUGGCAUGCUGGUUCACCAGAAGGGUCUGAGCUUGACGGAGGAUGGUGGAAUUAUGUUGUACCCUGGGGCUGGAUCGGUCGACGGCAUACUUGGUGAUCACAUUCUGAUCGCCCCCCCUUAUACCGUGACGACGAGCCAGAUCGAUCUAAUAGUCGACCUUACGGUCAUGGCCAUAGAAGCGGCAUUUGGGGAACUGGCAGGGCGCCUCCCGAACAACUCAUAG